AUCUUCAAUUUCGAAUCGAUAACCCUAAUUUCUCACAGACGAGCAAGAGAAAGAGCCAAAGCCGUUUCUUCAGGUAACUUGAGGAUGUCGCGUGUGUAUGUUGGUAAUUUGGAUCCGCGAGUUACUGAACGUGAACUCGAGGAUGAGUUUCGUUCCUUUGGUGUGAUCAGGAGUGUCUGGGUUGCUAGAAGACCUCCUGGUUACGCUUUUCUUGAUUUUGAAGAUUCAAGAGAUGCCCGUGACGCCAUCCGUGAAGUAGAUGGCAAGAAUGGAUGGAGGGUAGAGCAGUCUCAUAACCGUGGUGGUGGUGGAGGUCGUGGUGGUGGUCGUGGAGGAGGUGAUGGUGGUCGUGGACGUGGUGGUUCUGAUUUGAAGUGCUAUGAGUGUGGUGAGUCUGGUCACUUUGCACGUGAAUGUCGUUCUCGUGGUGGUUCUGGUGGUAGGCGUCGUAGCCGCAGCCGUAGUCGCAGUCCUCCUAGAUACAGAAAGAGUCCUACCUAUGGAGGACGAAGAAGUUACAGCCCUCGUGCUAGAUCUCCUCCUCCUCCAAGACGUCGUAGUCCUUCUCCUCGUGGUCGCAACUACAGUAGGUCACCACCACCUUAUAGAGCACGUGACGAGGUGCCAUAUGCUAAUGGAAAUGGUCUGAAAGAUGUGCGCAGAAGCCGGAGCUGAGUGUUACUUGUCUAGAUAGCAAAUUAUGGGAUCAGGAGACAACUAUUUGCUUGUGACGUCAAGAGGAGAGGAAAUUAGUAUCUGUGAAUUUCACUAAGAGAAUAUGUUUUAGCUGUGUGGUGGAUUGGAUAUGCUUGCUACUUUUGAAUUGCUGGAAAGCUUCUUAUUGCGUUUGGAUUAUGAAGCCAUAGUUGUAUCUGCCGUUAGGUAAAGUACUUUUAAAUAUCUACCCAUGUUCUUAAAAGACAUAAACAAAAGCUCUGCUAAAAACCUAUGCAUUUUCUUUGUUUUUUGUUCUAUCAUCUCGAGGUUUCUUCAGGUUUC